AUGCGAUAGCAAUUAAUUAGCUAUUGACAUUAGUUUGCAGUAGUGCUCGUUCACCAGCAUAUAAUUAAUAUGGGGUCGUUCUCGUUGCCUUUUGGGACGAUUCAUUCGAUUGAGCCGGCAUUCAACCUCUCUGCAUGUAAUCGUCUAUACGAUGUGAGCGGCGGCGGCAACGUCCCACGACCGGGGACGGGGACGGAGAAUAUGAAGCUGCUGUUCAUGGUGGUGCUCAUGGCGAUCGUGGGCUGCACGCUCUACAUCAACGGCUUCGUGCAGGUCUUCUUCCCGUGGGUGCGCCAGAUCGGGUUCCAGAAGUACAGCCUCUCCAUCAUCGCGCGCUUCCUGCUCAACUUCGCCUUCUUCCAGUUUGUCCCUCUCGUCUCGGCGACCAUCUCCCAGAGCCAGGCCAACAGCGGCGGCAACAACGACGGCGUCCUCCGGAACGAAUCGGAGCUCCUGGCGGCGCUCCUGUGGUUGAUCCUCGUGGAGCUCAUCCGCAAGAAGGUCCAGGGGAUGCUGCUGCCGACCGACGGCUCCUCCUUCUCGAGGGGCAUCGGGAGGCUCACGCUCAUGGAUGUCUCCUACGAGGUGAGCCACCUGGUGUGGGUCGGCUACCUCAUCUUCGCAAACUUGGCGAGGCAGACGAGGACGGAGACGUUAGAAUUCCGAUACUAUUUGUUAGGGUUGACGUUGAUCUACAUCUUCACUGUGCUCUGGUCGCUGUGCUUGGCGAAGCUGGUGCUGAGCCUGUUGAACAGGAGGCUCGCGAGCUGCUCCUUGCACACGGCGAGGAACCCUCUUGUCGUUGCAGCUUACAUGCAGAAACUCAUGGAGAAGCAGACGGCCACAAGCCCCCCCGCCAUCACCUUGUCCACCUGCAAAUUCGUUGUCAUGGGCGAGGAUCGACUUGUCCUCCACUACAACAAGGUGAACAACGAUGACGACAACAACAACAACAAGAGGAAGAGGAGAAUGAGGAGGAGGGAUAAUGGGGUGCUCGAGCCGGUCACGAUCCAUGGAUACGGCUACGGCGUGGCAAGGCGCGUCGGCGGCGACCAGAACGAGCACAAGCAUGUGCAUCUCCUCCUCACCGACCCCGACGAGUAUCUCCGCCUGACGGAGCACGACUGCGUGGAGAAGGGGCGGCUGAUCACCGUGGAAGACGUGAUGAACAUGCACGAGCAGCACGCCAACCUGUUCAAAGGCAGGAGGCGUCAGCUCCUCGAGGACCUGUGCAUCUCCUUCUCCCUCUUCAAGAUGUUCCGGCGCCGCUUCGAGCACUACCCGAUGGUGGAGGUCGGCUCCGCCAUGGCUCGCGGCGUCAUGCUCGACGGCGUCCUCAAGCUCGAGGGAUGUGAGCCUGUGGGCAAAGCCCAGAAACUCUGCAGCAAGUUCACGCUGAACCGAGUACAAGGUCAAAUCCAGAGGGGUUUCCAGGUGCUCCAGCUUGAGCUUGAUCUCUUGGUGCACUACUACCAGCAGGCGGCUGCCCCAGUGGUAAUGUCCCAACCUAUCCUUUUCGUCGUCAACUUCGUCUCCUCCCUCUUCCUCCUGUGUCUACUGCUCGGCACCGUCGUCUACAUACUUUUCAUCUCAAGUCAAGGUGAGCCGGUGUAUUGCCAAAUCAUCGUCUGGACGACCACCGGAAACGGCCCCAUCUCCAACGUCUACUUCUACAUAACCGUGCUGCUCGUGCUCACGGUCAUCGCCAUUGAAACCCACGAGUUCUGGACCGUGCAUGUGUUCUCCAGCUGGAACAUUGUUCGCAUGGUCUGCACCUAUCACCGUGCUGCCCAUCGCCCGUGGCUACGGUGGCUCUGCUUCCUUGUCAUCAGGGUAAGGUUCCUCACGUUUUCUGUGGGCAAAUCGGAGAUGGUCAUCUACCAGAUGUCCAUCUUCGACGCCGCCUCUCCACUCCAAAAACUCUACGCAACUGUGAGGGCGGCCGACGUCGCGCUGCCGGCGAUCGCCACCGGACGGAUCAUCGACGCCUUGCGUUCUGACGCCGUCGUCAGCCGCACCACCGGGAUCGUCAGCCUCCCCGACAUCGAUGGCCUCGACUUCCGCACCAUGACCACCACCGAGAUCAUCCUGGCGUGCCACCUCGCCACGGAGCUUCUCGACAACGAACACGACGACCACCCUCCCCCCGCCGCCGACGAAAACGACGACGACCAGCAGCAGCAGAAGAAGAAGAAGGAGAAGAAAGAAGACGACCGCAAGAUCGCGUCGGUGUUGUCGAGGUACUGCAUGUUCCUGGUGGCGCAGAUCCCGGAGCUGCUCCCCGACGACGAGACGUGGGUGUCCGACAGGUACGGCGACACGGCGAGCGCCCUGCACCUCGCGUCCAGGCGGGUCGUCUGCCCGACGAGCCGGAGGAGGAAGAAGGCGAUAGCCGUGGCCGUCCGAUCGAGCCGGUGGGAGGAGCUGUUCGACGACGACCCGGCGGCGCGGCGCGGCGCCAGGCUGUUCCACCGGCUCCGGCGGCGGGGCCCGGCGUUCGACAAGGCGUGGGACGAGCUGGCGCGCUUCUGGGUGCACCUCGUCGUCUACCUCGCGCCGUCCAACGACGUGCAGGGCCACGCCAAGGCGCUGGCCUCCUGGGGCAGCGGCGACCUCCUCACCUGCCUCUGGACGCUGUGCACGCACGCCGGGAUCACGCGCCAGCCUUCCGAGCAGGCGGCCGAGCUCACCGUCGACGACAGCAAUGUCUAGUAAUGAUCAACGUAUAUAUAUAUAUCUGCAGCUGCUGCAUCGAUCGGUAUCUCUCUAAAACUCUGGGCAAUAAGGCCAAGUGUGUAAUGGGGGAUUGCAUGCAUGGUACAGUGCUUGUUUGAUUGAUUUGGCCCCGCGUGUGAGUGUGAGCAUGUGUUAUUUUCGUGUGCUUUUGUAUUGACUUCCUUGUAUAAAAUCUGAGUUGCUUCAAUGUAAAUAAAGCAUGAUAUGAUGCAUUUUUUUUUAAUAAGCUGAGGGGCUUAUUGCAUAUGUACAUGAGGCUUUUGUUCCAUCUAUCUAGCACAAGAUGACCCGUGCAAUUGAUCGGCUAGAGUCGAAACAAAAUCUAUUAUAAAGUAAUAGAAAAACGGUGUUGCUAUAAUUAUGUCGACACAUUUUCCAGCUAAUCACAGUCGAAUUUCUGUCCAAUUGAUCUCCCUUGAGAUUCGUGCUACGAUUGAAAUACCAGUGCAUUGAACGUCUUUGUGUGUUGCAGCGUGAAGCCAAACAAUUAAAUUUAAAUUUCUCAUCACGUCAGCAUGUGUUUUCAUGAAAAAAUUACAUAUGUAAUUUAAAGACUUACAUAUGUAAUUUAGGACUUACAUUGUAAAUAUACUAAAAUUACAUAUGAAAUUUAUAGACUUACACAUGUAAUUUUAGAACUUACAUUACAAAUACACUAAAAUUAUAUAUGUAAUUUAGAGACUUGCAAUGUAAAUACAUGCUGACUAUAUUUUGGUGAAAAAUAUGGCGCC